AUGAGCGAGAUGAGUUCGUCGGAGCAUGACUCCGAAUCUUCCAUUCUGCUCCACUUGCCUCCGCUCUCACAGAGCCUAUUCGAUGCCGAACCAUCGGACCUCCAACAACCCAACGGAUCUGCCGCCCGGCCGUCCUCCGAUCCCUCCAGCCCUACUAGCAGCGGUUACGCUCCCGAGCGGGGAAGCAGCACUGCCACAUCCGUUUCCCAUGUGGAAGAGGUCCUUAGCAACGAAAUUCAGGAGAUCACCAUCCACGAUCCCCAACCUCUCUCUCACUCUUCCUGGCUUCCCGGAAAACGACACGGCGAUGAGGAUGAUGCUUCUAUUUCAUGGAGGAAAAGGAAGAAGCAUUUUUUUGUUCUGAGUCAUUCUGGCAAACCAAUAUAUUCUAGGUAUGGAGACGAACACAAGCUUGCUGGUUUUUCAGCAACGUUGCAGGCAAUCAUUUCCUUUGUGGAGAAUGGAGGUGACCAUGUCAAAUUGGUGAGGGCUGGAAAGCAUCAGGUGGUUUUUCUUGUAAAAGGACCAAUUUACUUGGUCUGCAUCAGCUGCACAGAAGAGCCCUACGAGUCACUAAGGGGGCAGUUAGAGAUUAUUCAUGGCCAGAUGAUUGUUAUACUAACAAAGUCAGUAAACAGAUGUUUUGAGAAGAAUCCAAAGUUUGAUAUGACACCCUUGCUUGGUGGAACAGACAUUGUUUUCUCUUCACUAAUCCACUCUUUUAGUUGGAACCCAGCUACAUUUCUUCAUGCGUAUACUUGUCUGCCUCUUGCAUAUGCAACAAGGCAAGCUGCUGGUGCUAUAUUGCAAGACGUUGCUGAUUCUGGUGUUCUGUUUGCAAUUCUGAUGUGCAGACACAAGGUAAUCAGUCUAGUUGGUGCUCAGAAAGCCUCUCUUCAUCCAGAUGACAUGCUGCUCCUGGCCAACUUUGUUAUGUCAUCUGAAUCGUUUAGGACUUCAGAGGCAUUUUCUCCGGUUUGCUUGCCAAGAUACAAUGCUUUGGCAUUUUUGUAUGCUUAUAUCCACUUUUUUGAUGAUGAUACAUAUUUGAUGUUGCUGACCACGAGUUCUGAUUCAUUUUACCAUCUUAAGGAUUGCAGGAUUGGUAUUGAAGCUGUCCUUUUGAAGUCAAAUGUCCUUAGUGAGGCUCAAAGAUCCUUGCUAGAUGGUGGGAUGCGUGUUGAGGAUCUACCACCCUUACCUCGUUCUGGCUCUUCUCAUUUAGGUCAGCAUAGAGUUCCAUCAGAUUCCCCUGAAAGAUCAAGGGAACCUGAUUGUGGCGUUGGUGGUGCUGCUGGGUUGUGGCAUUUUAUUUAUCGCAGCAUUUAUCUGGAUCAAUAUAUAUCUUCAGAGUUCUCAUCACCAAUUAACACUCCUAAGCAGCAGAAAAGACUGUAUAGAGGUUACCAGAAACUUUUUGCUUCCAUGCAUGAUAAAGGAAUUGGGCCACACAAAACUCAGUUUAGAAGGGAUGAAAACUACGUGCUGCUCUGUUGGGUAACACAGGAUUUUGAGCUUUAUGCUGCAUUUGAUCCCCUUGCAGACAAGGCCUUGGCAAUAAAGACUUGCAAUCGGGUGUGUCAAUGGGUAAAAGAUGUGGAAAAUGAAAUAUUUUUGCUAGGAGCUAGCCCCUUUUCGUGGUGA